AUGUUGUCACAGCUAUUUCAAUGGAAACAGCUGGAAAAUCUCUACUUUCGUGAAAAGAAGUUUGCUGUGGAAGUACACGAUCCCCGCAGAAUUUCAGUGUCGAGAAGGACCUUUGGCCAGAGCGGACUGGUAGUGCAAACCUGGUAUGCAAACACUUCCCUGAUCAAAUCCAUCUGGGUGAUGGCAAUCAGUCAGCACCAGUUUUACUUGGACAGAAAGCAAAGCAAAGCGAAAAUUCCUUCAGCCAGAAGUUUGGAUGAUAUCGCCAUGGAUCUGACAGAGAUGGGAACACCAAAGGUUUCAAAGUUGGUGACUCUGGAGGCAAAGAACCAGCUUAUUAUGGCCAGCAAUGGCAGUUUGAUCUCAUCAGGCUCUCAGGAUUCAGAGGUCAGUGAAGAACAAAAGAAGGAGAAAAUUAUGGAACUAAAGAAGAAAGAGAAACUUCUUCAGGAAAAACUGCUUCAGAAGGUUGAGGAGCUGAAGAAAAUCUGCCUGCGAGAGGCGGAGCUGACGGGCAAGAUGCCCAAGGAGUAUCCUCUGAGCGCUGGAGAGGAGCCUCCCCAGGUGAGAAGACGUGUUGGCACGGCCUUCAAGCUGGAUGACAACCUGCUCCCCAGUGAAGAGGAUCCCGCUUUGCAGGACUUGGAGAGCAAUUUUAUCAUACAGCAAAAGCUGGUGGAAGCUGCGAAGAAACUUGCCAGUGAGCCAGACCUCUGCAAAAAUGUGAAGAAGAAAAGAAAACAGGAUUAUACUGAUGCUGUAAAAAAGCUGCAAGAGAUAGAAAACUCCAUAAAUGAGUAUAGAAUCAAGUGCGGCAAAAAACCAACCCAGAAAUCAGCUCUUACUCUACCAGAUGAUAUAAUUCCAUCUGAGAGCAGCUCCCUGUCUGAUACAACCACCUAUGAUGAUGUCAGUGAAUCGGUUCCUGUGCCAGCACAGAGACCCAGCUCUGCGCAGCUUUCUCCAAGGCUUCCCCCACCCAAGUCCCUCGGGGUGGAGAGAAAUCAUCUCAGAAAGUCAUCCAUAAACGAGCAGCUCUUGGAAACCAGACACUCCAGGGACCCUCUUUCGACUCACAGCAGUCCGUACCGAACCCUGGACCGGCUGCCCCAGCCCCAUGGAGGGAGAAGCAUGCCCACAACCCCCGUGCUCACACGCAAUGCCUACAGCAGCAGCCACUUACAGCCAGAUGUUUCCCCACACCACUGCCGGCAGCGCAGCGGAAGCCUGGAAUCCCAAACCCACCUGCUGUCCGAGACUCCUGCUGACAAGGCAGCCUUCACCCUCUCCAAGUCCCAGCGAAGCAGCAGCACGGAGAUCCUGGAUGAUGGAUCAUCCUACACCAGCCAGUCCAGCGCAGAGUAUUACUGUGUGACACCUACUCCCAACCCCUAUUACACCACUCAGACGCUCGACAACAGGACCAGGAGUCGAAGACGCUCGAAGAAACACAACAUUUCUGCUGCAAAUUCAGGAAGUAUGCCAAACCUUGCCCAAAAGGAUGUCCGCAACGGUGUCUACCACAAAAGUCAGGAGCAGCCUUCCUCUAGUUACUAUAUUUCCGGAUAUUCCCCAUACACAGAAUCUGAUGCUUAUUACAAUGGAGGCUACGUUUAUGAGAGCGAUACGGAGGGACAGUACAGUGUCAAUCCUUCCUACCGCUCCUCGGCACAUUACGGAUACGACCGUUACAGGGAAUUCAGGUCUUACCACGAGGACGAAGUGGACAGAGUACCGCACAACCCGUACGCAACCCUACGGCUUCCGAGGAAGCAAGUUGCUAAAACGGAGCAUAUAACCAAAAACAUUCACAAGGCCUUAGUAGCAGAGCAUCUCCGGGGUUGGUACCAACGUGCCUCCAGUCAAAAGGAACAGGGUCAUAGCCUGCAGGCGGGCUUUGAGUCUGACAGAGGAUCUCAAAGGAGUUUGGGCUUUGCUGGUCUGCAGGUGCCGUGCUCUCCUACCAGUCGGGUGUCAUCUUUCUCUUCAGCAUCUUCUGCAAACACUGCUGGGAACUGGCGAAACCCACUUGGGCUGGGACUUUCAGACUAUGAUUCGUUAUCUCAUUCCUCAUAUUCCAGCUGUUACGGGAAUGUUUAUGGCAACCUUCCUUUGCAGAGCAGAGCCUACGGGGAGACGAGCCAGGUGGGUGGUGAGGACGAGAGCCGGUUGGAAGACGACUUGCACAGCAACGAGCAGAGGUUAUUCUGGCACGAGGAUUCCAAGCCCGGGACGCUCGUGUAAGACCCGACGGCAGCCCCGUGUCCGUGCCCUUGCACAAACCGCUGUGACCCCGAGGGAGACCUCGACGGGGGGGAGGGAACUUCCAAACCCAACGAGAAGAGGAAGCAGGCUGUUUGGCUGGGAAGAGGGACUGCAGCAAAAGGACAAAGCCUUACCAUGGAUGGCGUUUUCUUUCCGAAUCCGGAUGGCCUACGCGAGCAAGGGCAAGCCGCAGUUUAAUCUAUGACUAGAUGCAGCACUUGGUUGAAGUAUUUAUAUUUAGCAAGCACUUUUUUUGGAAGAUUGGAACAUGUUGAAGGCAAACCUCAGAGGGGAGGAAAAAAAAAAUGUGAAAAGGAGACUCUUACGGAAAAACCAGGAAUUUUAGGAGCACAAUUCUGAUGUCUGAAAGAAGAAGAAAUGAAAAUUUAUUCUGCCAUGGCUUAUGGUGACCUGGAAGGACAUUCAUAAGCUUAUGAAGGAUAGAUACUCUGUGUGUGUGUGAGGCAAAGGGUGACUUAAUCAGUAUUGGAACAUUACUUGAAGGAAGGCUGGAUUAUUUUUUUUUUAUUAUGGAGGUUUGAGUGAGUUUAUCAGUUUUUCGGGGUGUUGUUAAGAGUGUUUGUUAGCACCACAAGCAAAUUCUGGAAAGAAAAGAAUUUGCUGACACAGUAUGUCAUGUAAAACUCGAGGCAGUUGUGGAUUUUUGGAAACAGCAGCAGUGAGCUUUGAACUCUUUUCCACGAUAAAGUGUAAUUAAUAACCUCCCAUUUAAUCACCUUUAUCCAUGGUACAACUUCACUGUGCGGAGGAGUAGGCAAAUUUUCACGGUGGCUGCACAGUGACCCCCUGUUCAUCGGGUGACGGUGGCAUUGGUGACACUUUGCUCUGCCACAGGGCAUCCAGGACCCGCAGUGGGGAGUUCCGGAUUGUGAUGGCCAGUAUUUUAAGGUGGGAUGAAAACACAAACAGCCAAGUGGGUGCCUUAAAAUGAGGGGCAUUAGGAUUGUACCGCGAGUCAUCGGAACUGCCAGGUGCGUUGCAGAGUCACUAAGUGACAGAGCAGCAUUUUCACGAAACCAUUUGUGUAGGGAAAGAAAGAAAAAAAAAAAAAAGAAAACAAACAAGUGUGACUGCAGUCUUGGUCUAAGAGGGAUAAACCUACCUCACGUCGUAGGAACAAACUGGCAUGGGUUAUCUCGCGUGAUUUCCGACGAGUCGUUUGCAUUCGGUAAAAUCUCUCUCGUUUCUCAGCUGUACUGUGCUUCAGGAUUUCCAUAAAUGGUGCUCUUUUUCUUUUAUACAAAGGAUUAGUUACACCUUGUUCAUAUUGUGAAUAGAAAGGUUUCUGAUAAACUUUUUUGACAUUUUUUUACCAAUAUUCCAGAGCAUGUAAUAUAUACAGAAGGAACACACUUGUUAAGCUGGUACUUAGUCGUUUGUAUUAUUAGAGUCGCGAUUUGGAAUUAAACGAACAAAAAACAAAAUAAAAAAUAACUUAUUUCCUU